AUCUUUUUCCUGUAGCUUGCUCUCUCCCAGUAGAAGGUAUUAGGUAAGUUGGGGUAGGUAAAGGCAGGGUGAAGUUUAAGUCCUCUUCUAUUCUUCUCCUAUUCUUUUGAUAAUAAUUAGUUGGUGUGGUCGUUAGACGCAAAAAUGAGAAUUUACUCCACACUGAUGGAUACCAUCGAGACGUACGCGGGGCUGUCACCGGCGGCGUUCUUUACAAUAGCCGCUCUCAUGGUGGUGGUUUACAAGAUCGUAUGCAGCAUGUUCGUGGACCCAGAAGAGUUCAAUAAGCCCACCAACAAUUCCUCCAUCAAUCUUCAUCAUUCAACGCCAAAAAUCUCAGAACCUUUUCAAUUAGGAGAUGUUACAGAGCAAGAAUUGAGAGCUUAUGAUGGCUCUGAUCCUAAUAAGCCACUGUUGAUGGCCAUCAAAGGUCAGAUCUAUGACGUCUCUUCCUCUAGGAUGUUUUAUGGUCCUGGUGGUCCAUAUUCUAAGUUUGCUGGAAGGGAUGCCAGCAGAGCCUUAGCUCUCCUCUCAUUUGAUCCUAAAGACCUUACAGGGAAUCUUGAGGGUCUUAGUGAUUUUGAGCUUGAAGUUUUACAGGACUGGGCGUAUAAAUUCAUGGAAAAAUAUGUGAAAGUUGGGCAGCUUGUUGCAGAGCAAACUAGGACUGAGCAAACGGAUGGAGAAGAAGUUGAAGAAAGCCACAAACAUGAAACAAAUGGAGAUAGGCAGACAUUUUAAGCAUGGCCAAGGCAGAACGGAGGUAGUAUGUAUAUGAUCAUAUUUAGUAGGUUUUUUUUCAACACGUUCUUGCAGAGAUGAUUCUUAGCUUGAGAAAAAUCUGCUAAUAACAAUCUUUGGUAUGAGACUGUGAAGUAAGUCUUCUUCAUUAGCUGAGGGAUGGUUCUUGGCAUGCCUAUGUGAAUGUAUUUUUGCUCUUCUCCAUUGCCAAAUGGAGCAAAGCAAAAUCCUAGUGCUAUAUAUAUAUAUAUAUAUAUACUUUGACAUAAAGCAAUAAUGGGUUUGUCUA